CCUGGUGAGUUCAUUAAAAAAAAAUGUGGUAAUGUCGGUGUAUGAAUAGAGCUUAUGUCGUACGAAAGCUGUAAAGAAAUGACAUCAACAGAAGAACUUUUUAUACAAAAAAAAGAAAGAAGAAGGCUUUACAAUGAUAAUAUACGUUGUUUUCCCGGAGAGAUUUUAUUUAUCAGUAGGACCGCAUAUUACAACUGUUAUAUUAUAAACCAUGCAUGUAAACAUAAUCGACCUACCUCAUGAUGAUACAUGAAGCAGUCACCUAAGACCUUUUAGGCUCUACAAGGGAAUUAAAUCCCCCCGACGACUUUUUUUUUCAGACGGUUGUAUCUCCCUUUUUCUUUCUCUAUUUUUCUUUUUUUUUUCAGAUAAACCGGGGGCUAGACAUGGAAAACGACGACCAACUUCAAACGAACUCGUAUGUAUGGAGUCAAAGUAACGACCAAGUGACUAUCUCAUUUCUGGUGCCUGAGUCAGCCAAAGCCAAAGAUUUAGAUAUCACUAUCGAAAGACAAUAUCUCAAAGCAGGUCUCAAAGGAGAAGAGCCUGUGUUCCAGGCUAAAUUAUUCCAACCAAUAAACCACUUUGAUUCACUCUGGCAAUUAGAAAAGAACAGUAUGUCACCAUUUUCUUCGCUUACUGCCUCACCCAGUCUUUCAAUUGCAUCUUCUUAUGCUUUCAUGUCAUCACCUAAUCACUCACCUAAUUCAUCCAUGAUUUUACCCGCUGCUGCCGAUACGACUGGUAUGUCUGAAAUGUCUGAUCUUUUGACCGGUGCACCUUCCUCUUCCUCCCCUCCCAUGUCCGAGGCAGACGAUAUGAUUUCUCAACCCAACUCGCCUACUCUACUUCAUACACCUCCUUCUAUCGCAACACCACCUCACUUGAAGAAACCAAAGUACAGAAUCUUGACGAUUCAUUUGGAAAAGGAAGAGGAGCUGGAUUGGGCUGUGCCUGUUGCAGGUGCUCAUCAUAAAGCAGAGAUCAUGGAUAUCACUUCUUGUUAUUUAUUGGCUCAAUGGUUUGAAUCUCGUAUGGGAAACCUCAUUAAAGCACUUGAAUUGUUCACUUCUGCUGCAGAAAGAGGCCAUACACAAUCCAUGAUUAAAGCAGCUGUUAUUUACGAGACAAAUAAGGAAACUUCAACCGCCACCAAGAUUCCAGAAAAAGACAGUAAAAAGGCAUUUGAGUGGUACAAGAGAGCUGCUGACUGCAUAGAGCAAGAUUCUGGAACAAACUUGAGUAAUGGGCCUGACCCACUCGCAUGUUAUAUUGUUGGUACAACCUAUGGAAGUGGAUCGGAAGAAGCAGAUGUAGAAAAGGAUUAUCAAAGUGCGCUUUAUUACUAUAACCGCUGUAUGACCAUCACAGCACCACGCAUCGAUAUCGAUUUCUCCUUGUUGGAUUCAGGCGAUAUUUUGCCCAGAAACCAAUUACGUAGCCAUCCUCCUCAUACACACGAUGAACGUUAUUUCUGUAGUUCUGCUUUCCAAACCGGUUUGAUUUAUUUGUAUGGAUCACAACCUGAAGGAGAAACAGUGCGUUCUUGCACACACGUCGAAGUGGAUGCUGAUUUGGCUAUUCGUUAUUGGAAGGAGGCUGCUAUGCUUGGUCAUGCCCAAGCCUGUUUCAAUAUCGGUAUUUUGUAUGCCAAUGGUAUGGGUGUUGAUCACGAUCUUUGGUUGGCGGGCAAAUGGUUCGGAAGAGCAAAGAAAUUGGAUUCUACUGGCAGUUUAGUACCUCCUGUAGGAGUUGAGAUCGUUGACUGGGACAUGACUAAAGAGCAAGAACAAAAGCAACAAGAACAAGCUUCUGCCGAUAAAAAGAAGAAGAAGAGAAAGGUGAAGCGUUCUAAUAGUAAGAAAUCGACCAAAUCAGACUCUGAGUCCGGCGAUGAUGUAUUAGGUGCUAUUGUGGCGCUUGGCUCUGUUAUUACCGUGGCUGGAAUCGCAUGGUAUUUAUAUACGAAAGGAAACAAGAGUCACUAAAGUAAAUAUAAAUAAUAAAAAAAAUAAAAAAAAAAGUUUAUUAAUUUGUAACAACAA